AUGCCCACGCUUACAGGGUCAUGUUUCUGCCGGAAUGUUGAAUACGAGCUGAAGCUCGCUUCCAAUGACGAUGCGAGAACAUCUCUCUGCCAUUGCCGCAACUGCAAGAAAGCUUUCGGAACUAAUUAUGGCCUCACAGCCAAAGUUCCAAAGGAAGCGUUUAAUCUCACCAAAGGGGCACCGAAAGAACAUGUUGCGGAUAACGGAUCUGGAGCUUUGAUUUAUCGAGAAUUUUGUCAAAACUGUGGUAGCUUCAUCCUAGAAUAUGGGGAUGCUGCCAAGGAUCAUUUUCGCUACAUCUGUGUCGGAUCCUUAGACGAUCCCGAAGCAUUACCUCCCAAAGGGGAGUUUUUCUGCAAGGCUCGGGCCAGCUGGAUGCCGGAAAUUCCAAAUGUAUUCCACAAACAGGAAGUUCAUGAGUAA